CCAAACCCAAAAGGUCGUUUGGUGCACCAAACCCAUUUGAAUCCCCCAUUUCAACUCAGCACCAACAACGUUGGACUGAUAUUCCAGAUAGAAGAUGAGGAGUUUUGGCUCACGCCGGUAAACUAGGCGAUUCGAAGGAUAUUGCUGGCUAUAGAGAUUUGCCAACUCAGAAGAAUGGAAACCCUCAUCAUAGGAGUUUCAUUGAGGGCAAAUCUGCCUUUGGAAACCCAAGGGGAGGUGACAAGGAGUCUCUUGGGAUGGAAUCCUAAUUCAUCAUUCCCUAUUUCCGUGAAUAUGAAAUCCAUGAGAGUCAUGUCUUGGAACUAUAGAGGUGCUGGUAACCUCAACUUUACAAGAGCAACGAGUGAUCUGCACAGGAACCAUAAUCCUUAGGUUGUAGUGCUUAUGGAGACAUGGAUCCAGAGUUCUACCUUCGGGAAUUUCUUCCACCAAUUUGGGCUUACCCAGGCUGAAAUUGUUGAGCCCAUUGGCAGAUCUGGGGGUAUUUGGUUGUUUUGGGAUCCUACCAGAGUUACGAUUCAGAUUAUUGAAACAAGCACUCAAGCAAUGCACGCUUACAUCUCUAUGUGUGACUUCGAAACCUGGAUCUUCUCAUCAGUUUACACGAGCCCUCAAUCAGUGAAUAGAGACAAAUUUUGUGAUGAAUUGAGUGCAGUAGGAGAUAAUUUCAAUCAGUCAUGGCUUGUAGCAAGAGAUUUGAGCGAUUAUGCCAGCCAAUCGGAGAGGAGAAGUAGAUCUACAGAUAACACCAAUAGAUGCUCUAAGUUUACUGAACGAGUAAACAAUUGUAAUUUGAAUGGGGCUUGGUUGUAGUGGGCCAAAACCUACGUGGACAAUCAAAAAGAAGGGUAUGACCAAUUCUCUCAUCAGACUGGAUAGAGCCUUGGUGAAUACAAAUUGGACCACAAAUUUUCUAGAUGCCAAAGUCCAAAAUCUCCCAAGGACAAGCUCAGAGCAUUGUCCCCUGCUCAUCCAUGUCACAGGUUGGUACAAGAUUAGCAUGGAUGGAAGCUCGAGAGACAAUCCAGGCCCAACUGGAGUUAGAGGGAUCAUCAAAGAUCAUAGAGGUCUAUGGAUCAAAGGGUUUUUUGGCAGAAUCAACAAUACCUCGAGUCUUAAAGCCGAACUAUGGGCUGCCUAUGAAGGACUAAAGUCGAUCCAAGGUGGAGGAGGGAACUACAUCCUUGAAAUUGACUCUUUAGAAGUCAUUAAUCUGUUGUCUACCAACCAAGCAGACAACCACCCUUUCAAAGUCCUACUGAACAAUUUCAAGCACAUCAUCAGAUCUCAAAACAUCAUUUUGUCACAUACCCUGAAGGAGGGAAACAAAUAUGCUGAUCAUCUGGCUAAUUUUGGAGUUAGCCAAUUUGAAGAGAUGGUGACUCUUGAUUUACCAUCGUCUUGUAUAUUGCCCCUUUUAAGGGCUGACAUUUCUUGUACUAGGGUUUUUAGGGAACCCAAUUAGAAGUGGUUCCCUCCAUAGCACCAAAAAAAUAAAAGUACAAAA